AUGGGUCGUGUCUCACAAGUUGCCUCGUUGCUUGCGCUGGCCUCUACGGGGCUAGCUCAGCUUCCUGCUAUUCAGCCAUUCAUGGUCACUGGGUCUCUGGAUUCGUGUGAGGUCAAGGGCACAGAAUACAAUGCCGGUGGAGACAUUGUAGUCAACAACUGGGAAAUUACCGUCCCUCAGAACCUUAUUGUCGCCUUCCCUGUCGUCUUCGCACCGUUCCGCGAGCUGUGCAGUGCUGGCGCUCUUACCUUCGAGACCACGGUUGUUGGCAAUAUUGUCAACGGCGAGGUCAUCGCAGGUCAGAUCUCAGUUGCCCAACGCUUUGGGCUUGAGGGGAGCCAGGGAUACAUUUCUGCCAUCAAUGCGGAUGGUACUCUCCAGAUUGCUGGAGGGGGACCAAGGAUUCGUAUCAAUGACCCAGAUGGUCUGUAUGCACCCAAGUACGAAGCUCAGCCAUACUGGAUUGCCGACACAGCGAAUCCCACGAUUACUGCUUUCUCGGGAUUUCCCAUGUGUAUCCCAUACUCAGGCAAUGCGGAUAGGUGCUCGACUGAUAACCGUGGCGCCGGCCAAGCUUUUACUCCCAAAGAUGUUCUCAGCAUGGUGCCGCUCCAGGUCGGGGAUUUCAUUGAGUACUCAGGCCUCAAGGUUGGAGGUAACGAGAUGUUGGUGUCGGACAUUGUGUGUAUCAGCUUGCACAUCACGACGCAAGCUAGUGCGACAGUGCCCAACUACAUCCGCGUAGAGGACUUUCUUGUCGGUGUUGCCGACACUGCUGCCAAUGUGGAAGUUGCCGACAUCAAGGUCAUCGGCUUCCUCUCGAGCUGCACUGGCGCCAGCGUCUCCAUCAGCGCGAUUGAGGUCGACCCCUGCACGGGCAAAGAGACAUAUCGUACCAUCGGCUCAGCUACACCCAAGGCGGAGACGCGCUGCAAGUGGGAAGCCAGAAUUCCCUCGCCAGCACAAGGUCCCUUCACCCGCGAGUACCGCAUCACGGCCAACUCGCCGGUCGUAGUGACGAAGGAUGGAAUCAAGGCAGGUCAGUACGUCACUGCCGUUACGGAAUGGAUCUUCCCCGAAGUCGACAUCCCCGGAACAAACCCGCCCCCCUAUCCCUUCACCGGCAUCCGUGGUCUCGUUCAGGGUGACUUCCUCAACGGCAAACAAUACGGCCCUCUAUCUCCAUUCCCAGGUCCCACUCCCCCAGCUCCCUCAAAAACUUGCAGCCCUGCCGAUAUUCCGGACCCAAGCGCCACGCCCACACCCUCAUCGACCCCUAACCCAGACGCUCCUGCCUCUCCAGCUCCUGUAGUCAAUAUCCUCGCCUUCAGCAGCGCUCUCCGCGUCGGCACCGACGUGGUCCUCAGCGGCUCGAACAUCGCCUCGGGUCUCUCAGACAGCGACCUUACCUUCGCCUGGACACAAACCUCGCCAUCUACACCUACCAUCAGCAUCUCUUCAGCCAGUAGCCCCAAAGCUACUUUCCUCGCCCCCAAGGUGUCUGCCGAAACAAGCUUCACCUUCACGCUCACCAUCACCCAAAAGUCAAACACCACAAACACUGCUAAAGGUACCGUCACCCUCAAGGUCAACCCUACCAUCACGGAUACCGUUACCAUGGAUACAUAUACCUGGGAGUCACGGCAGUCAGGCAGUAUCACAGUGGCGUGCAGUUCAAAUGUUCGGAAUGGGGAUAAUGCGGCCAUGAACCUGGUGCUAAGUGGAGGAACGCCAAGGAAGAUGACAGCUGUGGCUGGUAGCCCCGGCAAAUGGACAUACAGUGCGAGGGACACAGCGAGGCCAAGUAACCUCAAGUGUGUGAGUGAUUUGAAGGGAGAGAGUCCACUGAGAGCGGGGACUGCGACGACUGCAAGGAAGAGGAGGGCUGUAGUUUGGUGAGGCUAGAUAUAACGUAAUGAAUUAUGUGUUACACUUA